ACAAGUGUUUAUGAACAAACAACUUUGAAUUAAAAAAAUCAAGUAGGCGACAAGAUAAUGGAAACGUUUAAGUAAACUAAGGAGGCUAAUAUUCCAGGAAGCUGUCGGUAACGUUAACCUAUUUCAAGCGCUAUUAAGAGCAGUGUGCACACACAACAUGGUGUCUAAACUGGUCGUUCCGGUCAUUGAUGUCCAUAAUGAUAACUUCAAAGAGCUUUGGCCCGCUUUGGUACUGGCCAUUAAAACGUCUUCCUUCGUUGCGCUGGACACGGAGCUGAGCGGUCUCGGAAACAGGAAGUCCUUGCUGGCCGAAUCGAUAGAGGACCGGUACAGAGCCAUAUGCCAGGCUGCGCGCUCCCGCUCCAUCCUCUCCCUGGGAAUCGCCUGUUUCAAGAGACUGGACGACAAGGCUGCAGAAACAUACCUGAUCCAGGUGUAUAACCUCACCCUGCUGUGUUCAGAGGAGUACGUCAUCGAGCCCCAGUCAGUCCAGUUCCUGGUGCAGCAUGGGUUUGACUUUAACAAGCAGUACGCCAGCGGGAUACCUUACCUCAAGGGAAAUGGCACGGGAGCGUCGGACAACCAGGGGGUCCACAUCCGGGCUCUGUUCACCGAGCUGCUGCGGGCCAGGAAGCCCGUCGUGUUUCACAACGGCCUCAUCGACAUAGCCUUCCUGUACCAGAGCUUUUAUUCACAUCUGCCCGAGCGCUUGGACACCUUCACCGCCAACCUGUCCGAGAUGUUUCCUGCCGGCAUCUACGACACCAAAUACGUCACAGAGUUCGAGCUCCGGCUCACUGCCUCCUACCUGGAGUACGCCUACAAGAAAUGUAAGCUGGACAACAGUCGCCAUGUGGCCUCCGGAGGGACCGGGCCUCACGUCCACACCGAGUUCUGCCAGUACGCCGGUGCCAUGUCCAGCUACGUGGACUACAGAGUGUGUCCAGCUGUGGCCUCCGCUGAGGGGCCGACUAACGUCUGCCAGCGCUUCUCUGCAUUUGGCUGGUGUCCAAACGGCGCCCAGUGCCUGUUGUCCCAUGACACGGACCUGAUCAUCUUCCAGGACGAGAAGGGAGUGGGGGACAAGAGGAAACGGAGAAAGAGGAACCGAAACAAGAAGAGAGGGAGAGGCGAGGUGGAGGAUGACCCCUCCAUCUUUGGCGGCGCCCCUGAGAAAAAAAUCCUCCACAUGGAGGCGGACCCCGGAGAAACGCCAACCGACCCGCGCCCAGAAGGAGGGCUUCUGGCGGACGUGGACGGAAACCCCCCGCAGAGCGAAUCGGCGGACAUGGAGGCGGAUGGCGAGCGGAACGGAGACGACCCCAACUGCAGGAACCCGGUGAUGGUGGCGCCGGUGGCCGAGGACGACACAAAUGUAAAAAACAACACAAACGAGAGCAGAGAGGAAGAUGGAGAUGGAGGAGGAGGAGGAGGACCGCUGAGCGGCGACCCAUCCAAGGCCGAAGCUCCGAAGACCAAGGCCGACCCAGGAACGCACCGGGCUGGGUUCGAUGCCUUCAUGACGGCAUACAUUUUUGCCCACUCGUGCAGUCUGAUCAAGAAGGAAGGAGUGAGAGCUGUGGAGAAGAAGGAGAAGAAGGAGGAGAAGGAGGAGAAGAAGGAGGAGACUGAGAAGAAGGAGGAGAAGGAGGAGGAGAAGAAGGAGAAGAAGGAGGAGACUGAGAAGAAGGAGGAGGAGAAGGGGGAGCCUUCGUGGCUUCCUUCGUGUCUCAACAAGGUCUACCUCAGUGGCAAGGCCACUCCUCUCAACGUGGUGAAAAGUACCUUCGCCAGGUCGUCCAAAGCACACAUACAGAAGAUGAAGAUGGUGUGGGGGGGGUCAGUGUAGUGUGACACGGCGGCGUCGUUCACCACUUCUAUGGAUGGAGGCGUCCAGUCAUGAUCCCCAGAGGAUGAAUCUCCACAAGGUUUUCAUUUUAGUGACAGUUAUUGGAUAGAAAUGUCUGUGAUCACAUCUUUAGGUCAACGUUUGUAUUUCACCAUUACAGCUUUUUUUGUUAUUGAUCAUUCCUCUUUACUUUUUUAAUUUUUUGGGCAAUAACCUUCACUCAGAAAUAUUGACAGUCCAGGGGAGAUAUUUAAAAAUCUUUUGGGGUUUUAUGCUCCUCAGUAUUUAGUAUUUGUUUAUUAUUCCUCUAGAUUGUUCACCUCCUCAUCCUUCAGAUACUCGCAGUAUAAGUUGCAGAUGCAUCUUUUUUUUUUUUCUUUUCUCAAUUGAGAUGGUGAUUUACAUUUAAUCCCUCAUUUAAGAUUUUGUAAAAUAAAGGAAUGAUUUCAUGA